AUGUGGUGUAAUGUAACCCAUUAAACGUUUAACUGUCCAGAUUGUUAUUAUAAUAUUUCGAUAAUUUAUUUAAAUUCAGCGUAACAAAAAAAUGGAUCCAAAUGAAACUCUCAUGAAGAAGAAGCUCCAAAGUUUCCUGUGCGAGAUGUUGAAGUUUGGCACGGUGAAAGGGUUCAAGCAUUUUGCAAUGUACAUGAGAGGCCGAGAGGAGAUGGUGCUGAGUGUGGUAAAUACCCCUCAGAUGUUGAGUUCAGCCACACCCAUCGCUCCGGAAAGCCUGCCCGUGGAUAAGAGGAAACUCUCCAAGUCUGAAAGUUUCAGCUCUAUGAAUUUACCUUAUGACCAACGGUCCCUUAUGUUGUCCAUCCGAUCUCAGAUGAUACUGAGCACACACGGGGUCAAGGACGUGGGCCUCCCACCUGCGUCUCCCAGCGAGGAGGAAUCCCUGGUAACGGAUGACAGGUCCACUCUGUUCCUCAUAGCUGGCUAUGGCAGGUACAGCUGUCCGUACGUCUGGGUGCGCUCCAACCAUGAGAGACUUGUCAAGCUCACGGGAAGCUCAAGGGAGAAAGACUGCCCACUGAAACUGAAGUCAACACUGAAGUGGAAAGAUCAAGAUAUCUUUGUGUGGGACAUUGUUGCUGAGCUGGUGAAGCUGUGUACAUACCCUUCCCCCAGGAAUCCCUUCGAGAUUGACUUUGACUACUUUAAACUCCUCCCGCUUUCCGAAAAGGUCCUGGCAACGGUCGCCAUGAUGAAUGUCCUGCAGAAAAUACUCGUGUACACUCCUGAUCAUAAAAUAUAUGCUGGUCAAGUGUUUGAAGAGCUUCAAUUGAUCACUAAACAACAUUUCACCGCCCUCGAAUCUCUAGUCAAAGACAAUGGCCUACCAGCAGUGCUGCAGCAACAACAACAACAUCAGCAGCAGCAGCGACAACAACAUCAUUCUGGCCCCACAUCAGCUCCUGUUGGCCCUGGUCGGACCCGCACCACUUCAUACAACCAGCCUAACUCCGCCCCUUCUUACAACCAGCCUUACUCCGCCCCCUCUUACAACCAGCCUAACUCCACUCCCUCUUACAACCAGCCCAACUCCACCCACUCUUUCAACCAGCCUACCUCUGCCCCACCAACCCAGUCAUAUGGCUAUACCCAUACCACUCGUGCAAUGUUCUAACCUUGUUAAUAAUACUAUUUACUGGUAUAUGAAAUUCAUAGAAUUUUAAAGACAGGAUAUAUCAUGUCUCAUGUUCUUAAAUUACAUUAUCUUCACUUGUGGAAUAAAUAUCAGACAUAAGCAUGUGAGUGAAGUUUGAAAUAAAUAGUUUAAUUUUUAUUUAUAAUGAAUAUAGUUUAUAAUGCAUAUAGUUUAAACAAUAUGGGGCUUCAAAAAGAAAAACAUUUUCAUGUAAUAGUCAAAGCAUUUUAAGGAUGAUUUUGUUGGUAAGGAAUGGACGUUAUGAGCAUUAUCAGCAAUCUCAUUCCCUUGAUAGAUUAACUUAGACAAACUGAAAAUAGAAGCAAAAUGUGUUGUUGCCAGUUUGCUAGUCUGAUGUACCAUUAAGUUUGACUUGGUUUUAUUUGAAAGUUAAGUUCAUAGGCUGCAUACGAGAACUAACAAAUUAUUUUCAUAAGCAUCUUAUGUAUUUGUUUGUAAAUUGUCAUUUACUGAAAACAUAAAUGCUUUUCUCAAGCUUUCACUAUGUUAUAAGUCCCAUAGUAUUUUCUUCACAUCAUGCACGCAUUUUCAAAUAAUGGUGAGCCCACCUGUUGGAGACAGGUCUUUAUUUCUUGAUCAGAAAACAAAUCUUUGCCUUUCUGAUGCUUGGCUAUUCAAUAGCUGAGGCUUACACCUUUAUUAAAUUUCACGUGUUAGAAGUCCAAAUAUUGUCUCUUUACUGAUAUGUAAAGUAUGGUUGAACAAAACAAAAGUCAUGCUUUCAUGGUGCAAAUCUAUACAUGUUUUUGUUUCCUCCUUGAAUAUAAAUAUUUUAAUGUGCUUUGUUGUCAUAAUAAUUAUUGAUGAUUUUGUGAAAUUGUUGAUUUGGUGCAUUUGUUCAAGUAUAAAUUUAUGUCAUCUGAGUAUUAUCUUGUGAAUUAUUUUACAAUUUAUGUGUAUUCACUUGAAUGUUAUAUGAGUACUAUAGCCCUUUGUUAUCACCAGCUGAAGGCGUAGGGAUAUAACAUUGGCCUUUUCUGUCUGUCUGUUCAUCAGUUUGUCUGUCAGCCCGUCUGUCUCAAUUUUUUGUUUGGCGGGGGAUAUUAAUUGAACCAAUUUGCUUGUCAUCUGUGUAUUAUCUUAUGAAUGAUUCUACAGAUUAGGUGUAUGCACUUGAAUGUCAUAUGCUUCUAAAACCUUGGUCUGUGAUAGGACCCUAUGACAUUCAACUUGUAUUUUCAUAUUGGUUUCAUAUUUCUUACUCUACAUGAUUUGAGUGACAAUUAUACGCCAGUUGUUAAAAAAAAGUCCUGUUAUGGGAACACCCGUACUGGCAGGGGGAGGAGGUAGGUAGGUGGGCGGCGAACAAAAUUGUUUUGAGCAUAACUUUGUCCAGCAUGGAUGGUUUAAAAAAAACUUAAAAUUAUUAAUCAGAAUGAUAAGACGAAUGUUGCGCAACAAAACCAGGCUCCUGAACAGAAUGAGAGUUACUUACUCGCAGGCUGUUCUGGUUUUAUGCUGUUUGCACAUAACAUUUUCACUUUGCUUCCGAGUGGGACAGGGUUAAGUUGAUUAUGUCUGUCCUUCGGAAUACAGGGUCUAAUGCAUGUGGGUAGUGUCAUACCAGAUUACAGGCUUAUUUCCUACCAGUCCAGAUUUUAGCCAAAAGGGAACUUCUUUAA